AUGACGCUUAACAACGAGAACUGCCCGUCCGCAAAGGUGCAUCUUUCUAGAGAGGACUACGGCCUGCUCGUUACCUGGAUAGAGAUACCUGAGAGCUUUGCUGCAGCUCAUGGCACCAGCAAGAAGACCAUUGUCUCGAGAGGGGCCCAGAAGACAAAGACGCAGGCUUUCAAUGAGCUGGCGGCGUAUUUAAACACACACACGAAUACAUAUAAUCUUCCUACGCUUACGGGAGCAAACGUGCAGCAGCGCUGGCGAGCAUACAAGACGAAGAAGUUCCAGCCAACACUAAAAAAGAGCCGCACGGAGACGGGCCUGGGGAUGUCCAAGAACGAGAUGAGGCAAGGCUUUUUAAUCCAAGGCAAGCUGGACAAGUUGUGCCCACACUUCGCGCGUAUGGAAAAGCUGUUCGCUACGAAGGCUAAUGCUCGAGCUCCAGCAACAUUACAACUAGGUUCGAUUCAGCAACAUGCUACCGGACGAAAUGUGUCAGGAUCUAAAUACGGCGAGGAGGACAAAGAAACCCAUUUUGAAGAGAUCAACAGUGUUGAUAGCGGUGAUGACAGCCUCAACUCAAGUGGAAGUGACCCCAACGACCAAAACGACGAUCCCGAAGGACCCGCCGCUGGAGCCGCGACGAACAAGAACCUUCCGAUUACGAACAUGAAGCAUCAAGCACGAAUGCCCGAGCGAUUGACCAGACAAUUCAUUUGA